GAAACCUCUCAGAGCGAAAUCGAAUAUCAGCCAGUCGAGUUAGCUACGGCGCUCCAGGAUCUUACUCUGCUCAAGGACAACAACGACGAUCCCUCGGCACUUCUCACGGCCUACAACAGCAACUUGAGUCGCGAAGCAUAUGGAGUGCAAUUGUACGUGCUUUUAUGGGGCUACCAUUCGGACCGCAUCCUUCAGAGAUUCUACUACCUGGCUUUCUACAAGCUCGACAAAGGCCUCAGGCUCCCACAACGAAAGGAGCUACAAAAGCGCGUUGCGCAGCUGACCAAUAAGCCUGUGGACGUUGUGAAGGAAUCCUGGAAUGCCUGGAAAUUUACCGGCAUGUCCUUCCACCUUAUCGUGGAGGCGUUCGAGGACGAUUACACCGUCAUUCUUCGCCUUCCGGUUCCGGAUAAUGCACCAAUGUUCUACAAGAAUUUGGCUUCCAGGGAGAAAUGGAAACUCUCAAAGCUGAUCAGCGAUCUGAAAUGCUGCAAGGUCCAAGAUGGGCUGGAAGACUACAAGGAGGACAUGAAGACAAUUGUCGACAACUUUCACAUCAUGGUCCGGCAAAGGUUCAUACAACCCACAUUUGUUGACGGCGGCGGCAGCUCACUACUUGACACUGGCGAUGUCCCUAGCUCUGAUGGCGCGGCUGAGUCUUUGUCAAGCGGCGCACGGACCGGGGAGCUUGUACCAUUCGAGCCACCCCCAGCUUCUUCUCACCUACAUCGAAUUGCUGCAACCCAGAGUCGACGGCGAAGCUUGCCGGAAAGCGGUGGCCCUCCCAAGCGGGCUCGCAGAGAAUCUCCCAGCAGCUUUGGGGCGACCAUACCUGCCACACCUUCAGCCAUAGGUAGAGAUGAACCCGGCACUUCCGAGGUGGCCAUUAGAGCCUCGGCGCGCCGUUCAGCGAUCAUGGCCAGUCAUGUCGCAGACAUAAAUGACCCAAUGGCGCCACGACGGGGAGCAGGUCUCAUCGAUCACUCGGCACAAGCAGACACAAGGCAACACAGCCAAACAUCGUCCAUGCCCACACCAAUGGACGCCUCCUCUCUGGCCUCAGCUCAAGACGCGCCCGCCAAUACUCCUUCGAGCUAUCAAGCCGCUGAUGAAGUGCCAAGCAUGGCACCCUCGCCCCAAAUACCCACCACGCUCGACGAUGCCGCAAGGACUCCGAACAUAGCGCCCGGGCUCGGUGCACCAUCAAGGUCCGACACGGAGCUUAACACACCUGCUCGCACUCCAAUUACCCCGGUCAGCCACACGUCUCCCUCUGGUAAAAUCCUGGAGGUAUCCUCGAACUGUGCCAGACGAGGCGCUAGUGGUAAUUUCGAAUUUCACCCUCCAGGGCCUUGCCAUAGGUCGGAGUUCACGCCAGAGGAUUCCGACGGAGAGGAGGACGAGUCAGGGGGCACCGGAAUCAGCCCGAGAGAACUUGGCCCAGGGUGGCCUUCUGGCUACGAGAAAUAUUUCGUCAGGGUCUGUGCGGUACCAAGUCUGCCACAGCUAAUGGAAGCGGGCCGCAAACUCGACUCAAGUGAGACAUCGUGUCAGCCUCUCAGGCUGACGAAGAUCAUCAAGGCGGGCAAGGAAGUACAAUCUCACGAGUUAGACUCUGCCUUGUCCGAGGUGAAGGGAAACUGGCUCGACUGGCCACCAUCGCUUACAGCGCCGUUCGAUGCUUGCUGGUCCGAACUCAAACCUAGGGUCAUUGCAUUGCAUGGGCGUGAGCGAGAUUGCCCUGGAGCACUGUACUAUCUUGAGCGCGGCACCAUCCGAUGUCCUGAAGGCGCCCGCGGAUUCAUUUUUAUCCCUGUCACAACGUUUCAUAAACCACCCGACAGCGAGCUUGCCAGGAAGAUCUACAUCACGAAGCUGAGAAAACGCGACGCAAAGUCCAUUGGUUUCGUAGGCUGGCCGAAGGUCAUGAUCAUGGAUAAGAGCAUGUGUAUUAAGGUGGAUAAGUGCCCGAUGCUAUGUAUACUUUGCGGCAUUUAUGAGCGACAGUAAGGUCACACGUAGCUUGCAGUAGUUUAGUUGAAGACAUGAUGCUCGAUUAUUAUACUGAGAACGAGUGUCUUUACAAAAUUAUUAUGUCGCGG